AUGCCGGUCUCCGGUGCCCUAACCCAGCUGUCGGCCCAAGGCCCUCAGAACAAGUAUCUCACCAUUGACCCGCAGAUCACCUUCUGGAAGGGAUCUGUGAGGCGCCACUCGCACUUUGCCGUCGCCGAAAUCGACAACGGCUUCAACGGCGCCACCGGCUGCGGCCGCAAGAUGACCGCGCUGGUCAACCGCUCUGGUGACCUGGUGUCGCGCGCGUACUUCUAUUUCCAGCUCAAGCCCAUCGAGUACCACCCGUCAAUGGUGAGUGAUGGCUUCGCCAACAACGUGGCUUACUACACCAACUAUGUAGGUCACGCCGCCAUCGACUGCGUCAACUACGAGGUGGGUGGCCACCCGUUCGACGAGCACUCGGGCGAGUACCUCGAGAUGCUCGAGCAGGUGAGCUCCACGCAGGAGAAGAAGCUCGGCGACCAGGUCGGUCAGGCCGACACCCGCGAGCAGCUCAUUGACUACGGUAAGCGCACCCAGCACAUCUACGUGCCCCUGCAGUUUGACUGGAACAGGCACACCGAGCACGCCCUGCCGCUCAUCGCGCUCCAGUAUCACGACGUCAAGAUCAACGUGCGCACGCGCCGCGCCGAGGAGCUCAUCGUGCGCUCCGGCGAGGCCAACAACCCCGCCACGCUCGCCCAGCCCGGCGACAUGUGCGAGAUGACCCUGCUGCUCAACUACGUGUUCCUCGACGCCAUGGAGAGGCGCAUGUUCGCCCAGCAGAUGCACGAGUACCUCGUCGACGAGGUGCAGCACUCGAGCUCCGAGUCGCACACCGCCGGCGUGAGCUCGCAGCACGUGCGCCUCAACUUCAACCACCCCGUCAAGGAGCUCCUCUGGGUCGUCCAGCGCGACUCGGCCAUCACGCCCACGCCCUACACCGGCCCCGGCGCCCUCGGGCUCUCGGCCGCCCACGCCACCCCGUUCAACGGCCAGAUCCGCGUCUACGCGCCCAACCACAAUGUCCAUCGCGUUGUGAGUGGCAUGAUGGGCAAGCUGUAUGCCAACUAA